AUGGACCCCGCAACAGCAGGUGUCGCUUUCGUUGGAUUCGCCGCUAGCCUAACCACGCUUCUCAGCCUCGCGGUAAUGAGUGCUCAAACACUUUACAGCCUGCGCGAGAAGUUGAAAAGCGCGCCAACCGAAGUCCGAUGGCUUGAGCAGAGUCUUAAGAUUUACGCCAAUCUUCUCAAGGAAAUCCAAACGCAGCAUGCGAAUGCGGUGAAAAGCGGCUCCGUCUGCCUAGAGGAGCUGUGGAAGAGUUCGAUGGUGCAGAUGCAGGAUGACUUUACGGGCUUGGAGAUUACUGUUAAGAGACUCCAUCGCUUGUUGAGUGAGGGUGGUUUGUCGCAAAUGGCCAUUCGACUGAGAAUACGCCAUGUUUUUGAUGAAGAAACAGCUGCUAAGCAUCGGGCUAAGGUGCUAAGUCACAUUCAGACUCUCACAUUGUUGUAUACCUUUAUUUCCGACCGCAAGAUGGAUAGACUAGCUAUAGAGACCCGCUCCGGCUUGUCAAGCAGCGAAAAUAGGCUUCAGAUGGUGUCUACUAAACUAGACACUAUGACGACUUCUAACCAGCAAGAUGCUCAAUAUCAACAGGAGCUUCUGGAACGCAUAGACCGGCGCCUAGAAGACAUGCAGUACAAGCUGCAUUUAUGGUCCCUGGACAACUAUAUGGGUGGGCUGGCCGCGUUUGGCUAUCAGUUGCUGUGCGACUGUAGGGGAUUUCCACAAGAUCAUCAAUACCUCCGUGUGAGACUCAAGCUUGAGCAAACGCGACUUCUGAACUGGGGUCGUGUCGCACAAGUCAAAUUCGGUCAGGGAUUGGCACUGAGCAAUGAAGUCAAGCUCGCCUUGCGCCAUCUUCUGAAUGAGAAUCGCGAUAUGCUUGGCCACUUUGGGAGAUUUGAUGAGACCGGCAGACCAUUACGGAUGGCUCUCAUUGCCGAGGUUUCUAAGCCACUCGAUGUCGACGCGCCGUCUUCACCGGGACAGCUGGAAGCAUUUACGGAGUUUCACCGUCGGUUUCCCGAACUAGACACAUUCUCCAUGGCAGCAAUCACCUACGCAGAGCGCCAUCAUCGAUAUCCAGGUAGACUUAGAUGGAUAUCGUGGGACCGAAGAAGGACUGAGCAACUGAUUGAGCGACUCGCUAUAAGCAACGAUCGCAUGGAGGGCAUUAUGAGCGCUCAGCAUGUGCAGGCCCUUAUUGAAUUGCGGAAGCGAUCGGACUUCCAAAUCAUGCAGCUCAAUAGCAAAGUCAGCCAUCUCGUGGAAAUCUUCGAGGCCGCCUACGUGCUUCGCGAACUAGGUGGAAGGUCUGCAUUUUAUAACUCUCCAAAAGGCGGACUACCAGAGGGUGAAGUAACUUCGAACCCCAUAAUUCACUCCGAGAAACAGGAGCUGGCUUCUCUUGCGCAAUUCAAGGUUCUACGCUCCGCGAUCGACGCAAAUUCCCUGAGUGAUGAACUGGUUUAUGCUCUUAGGCUUGAUCGUUCAGCUGAAGAGGUUAUUGACGUCGAGUUAUCCAGGUCAGCCAUCCAGCUUCUCGCUGAAGGAAAAGAGGCUGAAGACAUUGGACUACGACCGGAGGCGUACUACGGGACCGAAACUAGAGAAAAAGUCUGGAUAGAAUGGAAACCAUACGACCCGCAGCCACUUGAUGAUGGCCCGGAUCCGAUUGUACUGCACCGGGUUCAGGCUCUUGUCGCAUUGCUGAGGGAUAACAGCAGAUCGAAGCUAUUCAAAGCGCCAGAUUGUGUAGGGUACUUCCAAGACCGCAAUCCUGACACGGGCGGAAACAAUUGCAGGUUCGGCUUUGUUUUCAGACAACCUCUGAGCGGAUGUUUCGCAUCCCGGCCUGUCUCGCUUCUGGAUGUUCUGCAAGACUCGGAGUUCUCCACGCCCCAAGUCAGCACACGCAUCUCUUUGGCGGUAGCAUUGGUAGAAUCCAUCGAGCGACUUCACACCGUCGACUGGCUACACAAAGGUCUUCGUAGUCACAACAUCAUAUUCUUUCGCGAUGAGCGUGGAUGCGUCAAUCUGCAUGAUCCUUACAUAACUGGUUUUGAGUAUUCUGUACCCGUGCAGAAUGAAGACAUGACCGAGAGGCCGCCCGAAAAUCCCGCGUACGACAUCUACCGCCAUCCUAUGGUCCAAGGUUAUACGAUUCGGACUCAGGAUAACCUUUUCAAGAAAAUUUACGAUAUUUAUAGCUUCGGUGUCAUCCUGCUGGAGCUGGCGUACUGGAAACCGUUGGAUGAGAUACUUGGCUUUCCUAAUCUCAGGAAAGUACGGCCAAAUCAAACAAGAGACACCCGACAGCGGCUGUUGCUGCAGAAAGAGUUCCUCGGUUGCGCGAGGACAUCCAUGGGAGACACGGUGGUGACUGUCGUGAGGAUGUGUCUGGAGGGGCCGGUGGCAUUUGGGGUCGAGAACGGUACUGACGAAUCGGACCCUUUGGUAGCUUUACGGCUGCAGGAUGCCUUUUAUGAGCGGGUUGUCAGACAACUUCAAUCAGCGAAGCCUUGA